AUGCACGAAACCAUUCGCAACAACCAAGUCUCCUGUUUAAACAUGCGUGCAAUCGGCUCAUCCAUAUUCAUUGCCUCAUGUGUGGGAUCGGUCUCAGCGACCUUUCCAAAUCUGAAUCUCUUUGCGUACGGCAAUGGCGGCCCACUUUUGGGCACAUCAUUUGGAGUCCCAGGCGCCAACGCGACCUUUGACUACGUAGUGGUCGGAGGAGGAACCGCGGGUCUCACAAUUGCGAGUCGACUUGCAGAAAAUCGCACUGUGAGCGUGGCAGUCAUUGAAGCGGGCGGCUUUUAUGAAUUCGACAAUGGCAAUUACUCCGUCGUGCCUGGAUAUUCGAGCUACUACACAGGCACUGAUCCCACAGACUACCAACCACUUGUUGACUGGGGUUUCAGUACACAGCCCCAGUCUGCACUGGGGGGAAGGGUCUUGCACUAUGCGCGGGGCAAAACCUUGGGUGGUUCUUCGGCCAGGAACUACAUGCUUUACCAACGGCCUACGGUGGAAAGCAUGCAGCGCUGGGCAGAUGAAGUAGAUGAUCAAAGUUACACCUUCAACCGCAUGUUGCCUUAUUACAAGAAAUCGGUCCAUUAUACACCUCCCAAUCAAGCUUUAUACGGCAACUCUUCAAACACGGAGGUCGAAGAUGCAUUCAGUCCAAAGGGUGGACCAGUGGAAGUCUCAUUUAGCAACAUGGUGCAUGCAUUUGGAUCUUGGCUACAAAAGGCAUUCACCACCCUUGGUAUGAAUCAAAUUGAUGGAUUCAACAGCGGUGAUUUAAUUGGCUCCGCCUUUGCAACAUUCACCAUCAACCCGCAGAAUGCACAUCGCUCGAGUUCUGAGUCGAGUUUUCUUCAGGAGGUGCUCAACAAAGGCGUUGGGCCCACAGUAUAUAAGAAUACCAUGGCGCAAAGGAUCUUGUUUACACCACAUGGAAAUCGGGCAACAGGCCUGCAGGUCUCGACAGCAGGAACCUUUGGCACUCCACAGGUCAACUUCACCAUUCACGCUCGCAAGGAAGUCAUUCUGUCAGCUGGUGCUUUCCAGUCACCGCAGUUGUUGAUGGUGUCUGGUAUUGGACAGUGUGAUCAUCUGCGGAGCCUCGACAUCCCCUGCCUCCAAAACUUACUGGGUGUAGGCCAGAACAUGCAGGAUCAUGCAAUCUUUGGGAUUGCACACCGUGUGAAUGUUCUCACGGCGUCAGCCAUGGCGAAUAAUUCCACCUUUGCAGCACAAAGCGUUCGAGAAUACAUUGAACAUGCAACUGGACCCCUUUCCAUCUUUGGACCAGGAUACUAUGGCUGGGAGAAGCUGCCCAACUCAUUGCGUUCGAAGCUGACUCGCGCCUCUCGCGAGGCUUUAUCAAGCUUCCCGUCUGACUGGCCUGAGUUGGAGUGGCUACCCACCAGUGCUUUCAGUGGGUACAAUCUCAAUAAAGUGACAGCAGACCCAAAGGACGGACAUCAGUAUGCCACAAUCAACGGAGCCCUGAAUGCACCUCUGUCGCGUGGCACGGUCCGACUUGCUGGCCCAACCAUGAACACUCUACCACUCAUCGAUCCACAAUGGCUUUCAGACUCGACGGAUAUGGAUCUCGCGGUUCAAAUGUUUCACAGACAGCGGCAAAUUUGGGCAAAGUUGGCAAAGCUAGGCGUGGCUGAGCACGAGGAAUACUUCCCAGGGGUCAAUGUUUCCACCGACGCUCAAAUCAGAGAGUUCAUUCAAAAGAGCAUGGCAACGGUGUACCAUGCGGCAGCGACGUGUAAAAUGGGUCGCGAGGAUGACACUAUGGCGGUGAUCGAUAGUAAUGCGCGUGUGUAUGGGGUGCAAGGAUUGAGGGUGGUCGAUGCCAGCAGUUUCCCUUUUCUGCCGCCAGGUCAUCCCCAGUCCACAAUCUAUGCGUUUGCCGAGAAGAUUGCAGACGAGUUGUUGAGUCAGAGCGAAGAUCAGAGUGAAUAUGAUCAUGGCCUGAGUUCGUCGGAGGACUGGGAGACCCCCAUGCAUAGACGUCCUACGGAGUUGCAAUAUUAG